AUGCGGGGAAUUGGUGAAGGAGGAAAAGAAAUCCGAGGACACCGAGGAACAGAAGCUUCAUGGUUGUCCGGCUUUCUCACGUAUAUGGAUUGGCUUUCCUCGUGCUUGGAUGUUUUUUUGAGGAGCGCCACUCAUCUCGAGUCUCAAGAGUUGGGAAUACCUCGGGCUUAUCUGGCUCUCGAGGAGAUUGCCAGAAAGGGGGAAGUGAAGAGAAGCGAGGGGAUGGAGGCGAAGGAUCGAGAGAGGCUGGAGAGGCGGUGGAGGCACUUGAGGGACCGCGUCAUCCCAGGUCCCGUCCUCCCUUUCCUCAUCGAGAAGGGGAUCCUGAGCAGCGAGGACUUCCAGGACAUUCACGCCUGCCCCUCCGACGCGAAGCGGAUGGACCGCCUCCUCUGCAUCCUCACCAAGCGGGGACCCAAUGCCUUCACGGCGUUGGUGGAUGCGCUGAAACACGACUACGAAUGGGAGGCGCAGGCUCUGGAGGAGGCCGUCCCGGUCGAAAAGCAGAGGGAUGCGACGCCUGUGGAAGUCACGGAGGACAUGGAGGACCUGAUGAAACGUAACGCCCGUCUGAUCCGCGACUGGCGGAAGCUGGCCCGUCGGCUGGGGCUCGGGAGCGCGGUACACGGGAUCAGCGUCCGCGUGAACCUCCGCGAGGAGUCCGCGGAGGAGUGCCUCGGGUAUCUCCUGCAGGAGUGGAGGGGGACCAAGGGGGAGCGGGCCACCUUCCCCGUGCUGCUCGCGGCGCUCAGGAGGGAGCACUUCAACGACGUUGCGGGCAUGACAUGGAAGUCGAAGAAUGCGUGGAACGUGCUGGCCGGAGUCCUCGUCGGCCUCGGCAUCACAUUCGUCUGCCAGAAGCUGUUGCUCUUCGGUCCCGGGACUUCCUCGUGCCGGAACGGGCUCCUUUCCCCCGACGCGAGGGCGAACGCGAAGGAGGAGAAAUUGGUGCUGAUCGGCGUGAUGACGACGGAGGCGUUCCUUCGGACGCGGGUCGUGGCGGCGUGGAACACGUGGGCGCAGGAGGUGCCGUCGUUUGCGUCCGGUGAGGUCGUCUUCUUCACGUCCGGUCGUUCGGAUCUCUCGGGGCUGGAGGGUCUCCCGGUCGUGGCGCUGCCGGGGGUGGACGACUCGUACCCGCCGCAGAAGAAGUCCUUCGUGAUGCUCAAGUACAUGCACGAUCGGCGCCUGCGCGACUUCGAGUGGUUCAUGAGGCUGGACGACGACACGUACGUCCGGGCGGAGAAGCUGGCGGCGUUCCUCCGGUCGGUGAACUCCUCGCUGCCGCACUUCAUCGGGCAGACGGGGCAGGGGAACAAGGAGGAGUUCGGGCGGCUCGGGCUCGACUACGACGAGAACUUCUGCAUGGGGGGGCCGGGGAUCAUCUUCUCGGGGAAGACCCUGGAGUUGGUGGCCCCGCACGUCAAGGACUGCCUGGGGAACCUUCUGUCCACGCACGAGGACGUGGAGCUGGGGCGGUGCGUGCUCCGGUUCGCGAACGUCUCCUGCACCUGGGCUUACGAGGUUCGUUCUCUUCCUGUUCCCAUGGGGACGAUCCUGUAUCACAACUCGAGCGGGACCGAGGCGUUCACGGGGAGCCUGAAGCAGAAGGAGGUGCAUCGGGCCAUCACGCUGCAUCCGAUCAAGAAUCACGAAUACUUCUAUCACGUUCACAAGUACAUCCACGCCCUGAGAAUCCGAGAGCUCGAAAAGCAGCUGGUCCUCCUGGUGCGAGAGAUGAGGAGCCUGAACGAGUUGGAUCCUCAUCCGGACGACGCGGAGCCGUCAUCCCCCUUCAACAAGUCGUCUCUCGGCACCCUGAUGAAGUGGAGGCCGGAGGAGGAGGUGGAGAUCCCGGCCUGGGAGUUCAUGACCAAGAAGUCCCUCUAUUCGUGGAAGGAACGGAAUCCGAAGAGGAGGGCGGAGCAUCGUCUGGUCGAAGGCAUCCAGGACGUGGUGCGGGAGGUGAUGGAAGAGAUCAAUGCCUCGAGUCGCGAGAGGGGUCGGCUGAUCGACUUCAAGGAGAUCCUGUACGGUUACCAGAGGGUCGUGCCCUGGCACGGCCUGGAUCUCAUCCUGGAUCUCCUCCUUACGUAUAAGAAGUAUCGGGGGAAGAAGAUGACGAUGGCCGUGAGACGACACGCUUACCUGCAGCGGCCGUUCCUGCCGCUCCGGCUCCGAGUCGUGGGUGGGAAGGAGGAGAGGGAGAGGGUGAACGUGGUGGUGCCGGUGUGGGGAAGGGCGGAGAGCGUUCGUCGGUUCCUCGGUGCCUUCGUGGAGGCGUGUGGGGAUGCGCCUCCCUGUCGGUUGAUACUCGUGAGGUAUCGGAGUGGGGAGGACGGGGCGAUCGACGAUGCGGUUCGGGAGGCGAGGGGGAGGGUGAGGGGGCCGGGGGAGGUGGAGGUCGUGGAGGGGGAGGGGGAGUUCGUGAGGGGGAAGGCGUUGGAGCUGGGGGCGUCGCGGUGCUGUUCGUCUCGGGACGACCUGCUGUUCUUUAUCGAUGUGGAUCUCACUUUCACGGGGGAGACCUUGGAGAACGUGAGGUCCAACACCCUACUCGGGAAGAGGGUUUAUUUCCCGAUCGUGUUCAGCCUCUACGAUCCGUCCCUCGUGCCUCUGUCGCCUCCGUCCGACCCCAAGGAGGACGACGGACCGUACGACCGGAAUCGGGGCUACUGGAGGACCUACGGGUUCGGGGUCGUGGGGAUCCACAAGGGAGAUCUGACGGCGAUCGGAGGGUACGAUCUCUCCAUCGUGGGCUGGGGGAAGGAAGACGUGGAUCUGUACGAGAAGGCGUGGAGGCGGAAGGGACUGGACGUGUUCCGCGCCCCGGAUCCCACGCUCGUCCACGUCUGGCACCCGUCUCAUUGCCCAGGGGACCUGGAGGCGAGUCAGCUGAGGAUGUGCAGGGGGUCUGCCGCCAACAGUCUUGCCAGUCUGCCCGUUCUUCAUUCCCUGUUGCUGAAGGACGAUCUUCUCAAGCCGUGAAUUGCCUUUGUUUUGUGCAAACUUCAACUCGUGGUGCUAUUCAGUAUUUUCGUGCGUCCGCUUUUUUUUUGUAAUUUAUUACAUUUGGGAUUUUCGUACUGCUAG